AUGUUGUUCCGCGCUGCGGUCCGUCAGUCCGCGCCCUUGAGGCGUCAGGCCCUCACUCCUCUUGCUCGUCGCUCCGUCACCACCGACGCCGCCUCGUCGCAUGCUGAAAAUGUCCCCCAGGAGGAUGACAAGCCCUUCACUGUCCGCCUCUCCGACGAGAGCUUCGAGACCUACGAGAUCGACCCUCCCCCGUACACCCUGGAGAUCACCAAGAAGGAGCUCAAGCAGAUGUACUACGACAUGGUUUCGAUGAGACGCAUGGAGAUGGCCGCCGACCGUCUUUACAAGGAGAAGAAGAUCAGAGGUUUCUGCCACUUGUCUACCGGUCAGGAAGCCGUCGCCACCGGUAUCGAGCACGCUAUCACCCGCGACGACAAGGUCAUCACUGCCUACCGUUGCCACGGUUUCGCCAUGAUGCGCGGUGGUACCGUCCGCUCCAUCAUCGGUGAGCUGCUCGGUCGCCGUGAGGGUAUCGCCUACGGAAAGGGUGGUUCCAUGCACAUGUUCGCCCCCAACUUCUACGGCGGUAACGGUAUCGUCGGUGCCCAGGUCCCCGUCGGUGCUGGUCUCGCUUUCGCCCAGCAGUACAACGAGGAGCCCACCACCAGUAUCGUCCUCUACGGUGACGGUGCCUCCAACCAGGGUCAGGUCUUCGAGGCCUUCAACAUGGCCAAGCUGUGGAACCUCCCCGUUCUGUUCGGUUGUGAGAACAACAAGUACGGUAUGGGUACCUCCGCCGCUCGCUCCUCCGCCUUGACCGAGUACUACAAGCGUGGUCAGUACAUCCCUGGUAUCAAGGUCAACGGCAUGGACGUCCUGGCCACCAAGGCCGCCGUCAAGUACGGUAAGGACUGGGCCGUGGCCGGCAACGGCCCCCUGGUCUACGAGUACGUCACCUACCGUUACGGUGGUCACUCCAUGUCCGACCCCGGUACCACCUACCGUAGCCGUGAGGAGAUCCAGCGCAUGCGCAGCACCAACGACCCCAUCGCCGGUCUCAAGCAGAAGAUCCUCGACUGGAACGUCUGCUCCGAGGACGAGCUCAAGUCCCUCGACAAGGCCGCUCGUGCCCACGUCGACGAGGAGGUCGCCAUCGCCGAGAAGAUGCCCGCUCCCGAGAACACCUCCCGCAUUCUCUUCGAGGACAUCUACGUCCGUGGCUCCGAGCCCAAGUGGAUGCGUGGUCGCACUGUCGACGAGACCUUCUACUACUAG